AUGACCGAUAGAAACAUCUUUAAGCGGAAGAGAGUGACAAGUGACAUUCUAUCGUACUUACCCUCUAGGAGUGAAACGGUACAUCACGACACUAAUGAAGAUAAAAUUCGCCAAAUACAAUUGAGGUUAGAGAGACUCGAAACCGAGAAAUACAACCUCAAUAAACAAGUCGAGUGCUCUAAAAUUACGCAUAAUUUGUUUGUCCAAGAGAGCUCACAAAAGAUCACAGAGCUCAUCACUGAACGAAACGAUUUCAAAGCACUGGCUAUCCAACAACAAAAAAAUGCAGCCGAGUCAGUCCAGACUUUGGCGGUAAUAAAAAAAGAGCACAUCAAUGCGACGGAAAAGUUAAGGAGCUCUUUGGAAGGCGCAAACCUCCAAGUGAGGCAACUCAAAGAAGAGCUCGACCAACAAGAGUAUACCCAUAGCAAUUAUGUAGUGCAAAAUGAACGUCAAACAUCAGAGACGCAGUCUCAAAUUGAAGAACUCGUCAAUAUGAAUGACGCGCUUAAAAACGACCUUCAGCUUCAGGAAGCAAGGGUUGAAGAAUCCACAGCAAGAGAACUUGCAUUAAUAAAAAGAGUUUCCGAGUUGGAAAGUCAGGCUACUCAAUCGGUUACAGGCACAACAAAUGGUUUGGAGGACUCAAUUACAGCAGACUACACACAUGUUUGCAAUAAGUUAGCUGAAAUUCAAACAAAAGAUAAAAAACUCGAGAAGGAAUUACAGCACUUCAAAAGCCUAAACCAGAAUAUCGAAUACUUAAGAGAAGAAAGGAAUUCAUUACAAGAAAGACUGAAAGGCUUAUCAGAUAUCGAAAACCAGAAGCUGUCUGUGGAUAUUGAAAACGCUAAUCUUCGAGCAGAGAGAGACACUUGGACACGUUACUUGAGCACCGUUCCCGAAUAUAAUCAUCUAACACCCGGCACAAUAGUCUACAACUUGACAAAGGUAGCAGACAAAGCAGACUAUUUGGAGACAAAAGUGACAUUCUUGGAAAAAGAAAUGCAUGAUAAAACAGAGCUUGUAAAAUUGAUGGAGGACCACGUCCGUGAUGUGAAAGAUGCGAUCUUAAAGAAAGAUCGGGAAAAUGCCUUGUUAUGUGAAGAAAACAAGUUAAACAGUUCGAGAGAAAGCAUGCUUAAGAGACAUAUUGACAUCUUGCAAUCUCAGUUACGUCUCUAUGAUGAAGCAGAAGUAGCCGAGUCUGAAACGACUUAUGAUGAAAAGAAGACGCAGCGUAUUUCCCAGCUCGAAGAGCUUCUUCGUAACCUUCAGAAUAAAUUCGUUGAAGAGGGUAAACUUUACAUCAAGGCUUUGUCAAUGACCUUUCCUCCUCCCGUCGAAAACGGUCCUUAUGAAAAGCUCACAUCUGGCGCCAGAAUCACCGAGUUCUUGGAAAACGUUUACAAUGAUAAGGAAUCAGCUCUCGAAGAUUUCACGGAAUUUAAGAAUGAAGUUAAGCAGCAUUUCUCAGUUAAUUCUUGUAUGCAUACUCGGGAAAACGAAAUCCCCAUCAAACAGGAACCAGUUCCAUCGCCUGCACGAGAAUCAUACUCAUCCGUGGCACCUAUCAUCAAACGAGAGCAAUCGCCGUCACCAUCACCCACACAGGAUAUACCCGCUGGUACACGUGUGCUUUCACUCCAAGAUAAUCCAGCUUCUCAGAUGCUCGCAAUCCGUCAAGAUCUUUUAAACAGAUUACAGAACGAGAAUAAGGAUUUGAUCCAAUUACGAUUGGACGAAAACCCCAAUGUCGACACUGUGAUCCUUCCCAAAACAAGCAUCACCAAUCUUUCUAAAGAGCUGGAUGAAUUCCAAGCCAAACGCGAUGCACUUUUAAAGCGUAUUGAUCGAGUGCACGAAGUCUGGAAUGAAAAAUUGACGGAUAUCAUGGCAAAAGUACGUGAUUACUUGGGCUAUAAAUUCACGCUCCGUAAUGAAGGAGUGAUCAGGAUUGAAUCUGUACAUGUGGAUGAAGCUGAUCUAUAUUUCCUGGUCAAUGAAGACAAUCUUUUACGUAUUGUCGGUGCCAAGAAGGAUGAGUAUUUAGCUCUAUUUAGUGAUAUUUAUCAAAGAUACGUCGUUCAAGAGAGAAACAUACCUGCCUUUCUGAAUGCCGCUGCUUUGGAACUCAUUGUUGGACAUGGCAAUCAAGAUCUAGUGCAUGAAGCCUCUGAGGAUGUCAGUGAAAACGUUGAUUCUGCAGACGCACCGGAACAGAUGGAAGUCGACAGAGUGGCCGAAUAUAAUGAUGAAGAAGAAGGAUAUGAAGAAGCAGAAGAGUCGGAUCAUGAUAUGGUUGAGUUUGGCUACGAAAGCGCUCAACCUGUGGAUACUAUGGAUGAGGAUGGAUUUCAAGCGUAUGAGGAAGGCUCGUCCGGAUCCAUGUCGGACGACUUGGAGGAUGAUUCUGCUGCAGAAGACGAACUAGAUUAUUAUGAAUCAGGAGAUAGAGAAUCUAGCUACGAUGAUGAAGAUACUCCAGUACCCACAGCGGAACCAGUGGAGAUUUGCUUAUUGGACUCAGAUUCGGAGUAA